AUGUCUAAAGCAGCCCUCGACAUGUUCACGAAAUGUCUGGCUCUCGAACUGGCCACCUCUGGCGUAAGAGUUAACUCGGUCAACCCCGGAACUAUCAUCACUGAUAUUUUUCAAACAGCAGGAGUCAUGGGAGAGGAUCCGGAAAAGUUUUGGGAAAUGAACGCCGCCGUGCAUCCUUCGGGACGUUUGGGAACUGUGGAAGAGGUAGCUGAAGUCAUUGCAUUCUUGGCCAGUUCCAGAGCUAGUUUUAUGAGUGGGAAUAUCACGCCGAUCGACUCAGGGCGACACGUGGUUGCUCCGUAG